AUGUCCAACAGCAGCUCCAUCAGCCACUUCCUCCUGCUGGCAUUGGCAGACACGCGGCAGCUGCAGCUCCUGCACUUCUGCCUCUUGCUGGGCAUCUCCCUGGCUGCCCUCCUGGGCAAUGGCCUCAUCAUCAGCGCCGUAGCCUGCGGCCACCACCUGCACACGCCCAUGUUCUUCUUCCUGCUCAACCUGGCCCUCAGCGACCUGGGCUCCAUCUGCACCACUGUCCCCAAAGCCAUGCACAAUUCCCUCUGGAACACCACCACCAUCUCCUACACAGGAUGUGCUGCACAGCUCUUUUCAUUUCUGUUCUUCAUCUCAGCAGAGUAUUUCCUCCUGACCAUCAUGUGCUACGACCGCUACGUGUCCAUCUGCAAACCCCUGCACUACGGGACCCUCCUGGGCAGCAGAGCUUGUGCCCACAUGGCAGCAGCUGCCUGGGCCAGUGCCUUUCUCUAUUCACUGCUGCACACAGCCAAUACAUUUUCCCUGCCCCUGUGCCAUGGCAAUGUCCUGGGCCAGUUCUUCUGUGAAAUUCCACACAUUCUCAAGCUCUCCUGCUCACACUCAAACCUCAGGGAUCUGGGGCUUCUUCUCAUAAGUUUUUUUUUAGGUUUUGGCUGUUUUGUGUUCAUUGUUUUCUCCUAUGUGCAGAUCUUCAGGGCUGUGCUGAGGAUCUCCUCUGAGCAGGGACAGCACAAAGCCUUUUCCACUUGCCUCCCUCACCUGUCUGUGGUCUCUUUGUUUGUCAGCAGUGGCACAUUUGCCUACCUGAAGCCCCCCUCCAUCUCCUCCCCAUCCCUGGAUCUGGCCCUCUCAGUUCUGUACUCGGUGGUGCCUCCAGCCCUGAACCCCCUCAUCUACAGUCUGAGGAACCAGGAGCUCAAGGAUAUCUUGAGGAAUCUGAUUACUGGAUUUUUUCGGAAACACUAACUGCUUGUUUUGUCCUCCAUAGUCUAAAGAGAAAGGCAUUGCAGGUCCAGCCUCUCCUUUAAAAUACUUCAUAGUGGUUGUGUGCAUGUGGGGGAUUUCCUUUUCUAUUUUGUGAUAAUUUUGUGCACAAUGAAAUUUGGUUAUUCAUCCCAUUUCUACCUCCCUUCUUACACCCUGAAUUUUGCCCACAGACUGUAUAAAUGUGGAAUCACCUCCUCUGUGCACUUUAGCAAAAUAAAGGAUCCUUCAUGUAUUUGUUUUCCAAAAAUCCUUCCUUUGAAACCUCAUCUCAAUCUGGUAGGGCAGUGCCUGUGUGCAGAGAGAGAGAGAAACAGAGUCCCAGCA